AUGCGUUCAACAACUUCAAGCGCCUAUGGCGGCCGAACCUUGGACACUCUACCUACUGAGGUCAAGAAUAAAAUCUUCUCCCACUUCCUCUUGGGCAAGAACGUCAGAUACUCCACCAAGGGCAAACAACCUGGCCACAGAUACAAGUUCGACAUUUCCAUCAUGCGUGUCAAUAAGAAACUCAACCAAGACGCGUCCAUGUAUCUCCGAAGCCACAACGAAUUCAUCCUCAUUCAUGCCAAAUGGUUUGCCUUUGAGAUCGACCAAGGCAGAUUCCUCCCUUACGUCGCUGUCGGAAAUGCGGCCAAGACGUUCAAAUCUCCCACCGUGGAAGCCACGAUCAAGCAUCAGAGUACCAAUUGUGGGUGCACUCCUGGCUCAGACUGUUCUGUCAGGCACCAGACAAAACCGGAGAAGGUCACCCGUGCUCUGUUGAUGGCCGAAGAUCUGAACAUCUUCAUCAGACAUCUCAAACUGGCCUACCAUAUCUGGCCAACCCUUCCUAUCUACAUCCACUCAGCGCCUGGCGACAGUCUUGUCGAAUGGUCAGCCAGUCCAGCCCAGACACACAUCGACUUUGUUUGGAAGAUCCACGAGCCCUUCCGUCAGGACCUGACUCAGGCCGAGCUCCGCAAGCGUCAGAUCAGACUGCUGGAUCCCGUCUCCAAGCUUGUCAAUCAUGGACAGAAGGUCAAGAUACUUGGUGCCGAACAUGAUCUUGUCUCCAGCACAGUCAGAACCAUGACGGCACGCCUGAUCUCGCUCGAUGUCGUAGGCUGGGAUCUUUACGACCUCAUCAAGGCCGAGAAGCAGUACUUGGAUCAGCUGCCCAACCAUCAAACAAUGAAGCAACGUGGACUGAGCGACGCCUACCAGUAUAUCGGUUUCCUUGGAUGGCUCUUUCCUGACAACAACGAAUCAAUCUCGACAGCCUUCGUCUUCAAGGCCGACUCUCUCGGCUUCGACACAGAGGGUGUUCCCUUGGCGUACUGGUCUAUGGAAAAUGGACAAAACGACCAAGACACCUCCUGUUGGCAAUACGGCAUACAGAUCCUCAGUCUUGAGUGCAUGCUUACUCUGGCAAAGAUGGCUUUGGACAUGAGGAUGCAUAACUCUUCCAAGUUCUUCAUCCACUUCUGCAGCAGCAUCUUGAACACCGGCUAUUUCGCUUUUCCCGCCGAGAUCCAGUCAGCCGUGUGCCAUUACGACUGCUUCCUCUCGCUUUGGCAAUCGGGCAAUCAGAAACGUCCCAGCGCAUACACUGAUGUCUUGCUUACUCUGGACAACAUCUUGUUGCAAGCCGGUUUUCAGGACGAGUAUGUCCGUCAGGACAGGGAUCGAGUUGCCCGUAUUGUUUCAAGGGAAGUCAAGAUCUCCAACAACGACGUACAAAACUUCCCUGGUCUCCAUCGCCGCCAGCGUAUCUGGAACACGAAGGUCAACCUCCACCGCCCUGAAGGUUCCAAUUCGAUGUCACUGUCGCCUUCUCUGUCUGCUAGCCUGGUCGACUCCAUCACCCGUAUCGCCGACAAACGCAUUACCGGUCAGGAAGAUUCGGAAGAGGAUGAGAGUGAAGAUGAGGCCGAGCACAGCGAUGAUGGUGAUUCGGAUGACCUUGACGGCAGUGACGAGGAUGGUUCGGACGAGGUCGAGGACAGCGACGAGAAUGACCACGUUUCUGUUGGCGUCUUCAAUCCUCGUCAUUCCCGCGGGGAGACCACCCUCCGACUUCGCACUGAGACAAGAUCAGAUGGAACGGGAACCAACAUCGUGCUUGUUGCAAACAGGCGUUGA